GCAGAGAGGGAUGGAGGACACUGAAUGGAGGUCAGUAGAGGGAUUGGCAGAGAGGGGUGGAGGACACUGAAUGGAGGUCAAUGGAGGGAUUGGCAGAGAGGGUGGUGGACCCUAAAUGGAGGCCAGUGGAGGGAUUGGCAGACAGGGGUGGAGGACCUUUAAUGGAGGCCAGUGGAGGGAUUGGCAGAGAGGGGUGGAGGACCCUGAAUGGAGGCCAGUGGAGGGAUUGGCAGAGAGGGAUGAAGGACACGGAAUGGAGGCCAGUGGAGGUUUGGCAGAGAGGGGUGGAGGACACUGAAUGGAGGCCAGUGGAGGGAUUGGCAGAGAGGGAUGGCAGAUACAGAAUGGUUAACUGAAGAGGGGAUAGCUUGCGAUGAGGUCGGCCAAUGAG